AGCGGCCGGCCGCGCGUCUGCAAAAGAGCGCUCAGCUUAGCCAGACGGGGAGAGAGAAGCGAGCGCGGUCUGUCUCCCUCCCUCCGUCCUCCUCCUCCUCUCGACGCGGCUGCACGUACAUCCCCGGGGCUCGUCAUGGCCGAGGCUUUCGUGGGCGUCUGGAACCUGGUGGAGAGCUGCAAUUUCGACGAUUACAUGAAGGCGAUCGAAGUGGGCUUCGCCACCAGACAGAUUGCCAACCUGACCAAGCCCACCACCAUCAUUGAGGUGGAUGGGGACAAGGUCACCAUCAAAACCCAGAGCACGUUCAAAAGCACCGUGGUCAGCUUCAAACUGGGAGAAGAAUUUGAUGAGACGACGGCGGAUGACCGGCAUGUCAAGUCCCUUGUGACGCUGGAUGGAGGGAAGCUUGUUCACGUGCAGAAAUGGGAUGGCAAAGAAACCUCGCUAGUCCGAGAACUGAAGGAUGGGAAACUAAUUCUGACUCUGACGAUGGGCAGUGUGGUCUGUACUCGUACCUACCAUAAACAAGAAUAGAGCCUUCAUUUGCUUUCUCCCUUUGGCCAUCCAAUGCCAAAGUCAUUGCCAAAUUGCCCAUGUGGCUCUUUUUCCAGUGUUUUGUAUAGUCAUUGAAACUUUGAACCCAACUGGAGCACAACUGCCUGUCACCCUGAUCUUUUGAGUUUGGUGUAUUGCUUUUUUUAAUACUGAAAAAAAAAGUGUGGAACAUAAUAAACUGAGGCGGUUGUUACAUGA